AAUGCCAUGUUGCAUCACACGGGGGUUGGAAAGGGCAGGUGUUCCGAUUGAUCUUGCCACCCAGUUGGAUUAGCAGCUGGAUUUGGGAUUACAUUCCACUUGUGUUUUCAUUGCUGUAUUGUCAAUUGAUUAUAGGAAUAUCGAAUCGUUAAAGUUGUUCUGAAAGCGGGAUUAUUCUUUGGAUUAGUGUGAAAAUAAGACGGCGUGAGAGCGGCAGAGAUCUCGGAGCCUCCUUGUACUGUAGUGUCUGCUGACAGAGCUGACUAUGAGGAGAACCGGAUAUUCAGACCCUGUACAUCAUCAGCUCAAGGAGGGGAUUACAAAGACUCCUAGUGGGAGGUUAAGGAAAAUCUCAGAUCCCACAAGUCCAACUUUAAAAAGAUCUUUUGAAGUAGAGGAGGUAGACACCCCAACGCAUCCCUCCCUUCAUUCCAGAAGAACAGCAAACCCUCCCCUGAGGUCUGCAGUGUCCAGCUCUGCACAGAGAUUCCAGGACCUGGGAACCAAACACUCCUCGGAGCUCUCAACCCAGCGAUCCCCCAAGACGAGCCUGAGGAGAGUGGAGCUGAUAGGCCCCCGGCUCCCUGAAGCAGCUUCCCGGCGCACUGAGAUCUCCAUUGACAUCUCCUCCAAGCAAGUGGAGAAAACCAGCCCAGGUGUAUCAAGAUUCGGGCUUAGAAGGCCAGAGGCCCAGGGUCACAAGCCCCCGGAGCUAAUUCAGAAACGGGCAGAGAUAUCCAUCGGCAAGCCGCAGGAAUCCCCCCUGAGACGCACAGAGCCUCCCUUCUCCAGGAUCCCUGACCCGCAUCCCAGGAAGACAGAGUUUACAGCAGCCUCACAAACUGAGGUCCCUUCAAAACGUGUUGAGGUACAGGUCACAAAACCUGCAGAGCUCCCUGCUCCAGCAAGGGCAGCACCAAACAUCCUACCUGCUGCCAUCAGUGUGCAGCAGAGCCAGCCACAGCCUGCAGAUACAGAGAUCUUAAUCAAGAGUCGAGACGUGCCAGAGGUAAUUCCCUGCAACACAAGUACCGCCAUGGCAGAGCCUUCCAGAGACGCGGCUAGCAAGCCAGUCCCGUCAGUACGCGGCGAGAGGCCGCCCCCUGACUUCAACUACGUGGGCAUCGAUGCCAUCCUGGAGCAGAUGAGAAGGAAGGCCAUGAAGCAGGGCUUCCAGCUCAACAUUAUGGUUGUGGGUCAGAGCGGACUGGGAAAGUCCACGCUGGUGAACACUCUCUUCAAGUCCAAGGUGAGCCGCAGAUCCAUGCAAGCCACAGCCGAGGAGAGGAUUCCCAAGACGAUUGAGAUCAAAUCCGUCAGCCACGAUAUUGAGGAGAAGGGAGUCCGGAUGAAGCUCACUGUAAUCGACACGCCUGGAUUUGGAGAUCACAUCAACAAUGAGAACUGCUGGCAGCCCAUCAUGAAGUUCAUCAAUGAUCAGUAUGAGAAGUACCUUCAGGAGGAGCUCAACAUUAACAGGAAGAGGUGGAUCCCUGACUCCAGAGUGCACUGCUGUAUAUACUUCAUUCCCCCCACCGGACACUGCCUUCGACCCCUCGAUGUGGAGUUUAUGAGGCGUCUCAGUAAAGUGGUCAACAUAGUGCCUGUGAUCGCAAAGGCAGACACGCUGACGCUAGAGGAGAGAGACUUCUUUAAACAAAAGAUCAGGGAGGAACUCGGAGCCCACGGCAUUGAUGUGUAUCCACAGAAAGAGUUUGACGAGGACGCUGAGGACCGCAUGAUCAAUGAGAAGAUAAGAGAAAUGAUUCCAUUCGCUGUGGUCGGCAGUGACCAGGAAUACCAGGUGAAUGGGAGGAGAGUCCUGGGGAGGAAAACUAAAUGGGGCACCAUUGAAGUUGAGAAUAUUGCACACUGUGAGUUUGCAUAUUUGCGAGACCUCCUGAUAAGAACACACAUGCAGAACAUAAAGGACAUCACCAGCAGUAUCCACUAUGAGAUGUACCGUGUGAAGAGGCUGAACGACAGCAACGCGUACUCCAAUGGAGUUUCUGAACAAGACGCUUCAACCAAUGAAAUGUAAAGCAGGCCUCUCAGGCCACACCCCUCCAUCCACCCGGAUCUGCUACAAAGAAAACCAACUUGAACAAAGUGCCAACACUCUCCUCCAGUGACCAAAUGUGUGUAUUGAGUAAUAGUGUCUAUGAGCUCCCGCUCGCUCUGAAACCCGUCUGAAUCGCAAUGGGGACAAACUGCAGCAGCAUGACGAGUUAGAGGCUGGGGCUCGGGGCGAGUGAAAGGGACAGACUGAGCUUUGCUGUGUGCGUGCGUGCGUAUCUGUCUGUGUAUGCGUGCGUGUCCAUGGCAUUUUGUAUUGGGAUGCCGUGUGGGUCGUUUUCUCGGAGCAGUGAGAGACGUGUUCGUAGAGGGCAGUGUGGCAGGUUGUGGUGUAGGUGCUUGUUUGUAGAAGUUGCUGUGUGUGUUUUCACCAGCAAUGUUCUCUUGGGUUUUAUAAUACGUUUUCUGAAAGUUGGGCAAUUUUCUAAUUUAUUUGUAGUGCUUGCUGUUAAAUGCCAAUAGUUUUAGCAGCUUCAGUAUAACACAGCUUCUAAAACACGCAGCAAGCUUUCCCAUGUAAGGCUGUUGGGAUGGUUUGAGUUGCAGGGACUGCUUGCCUGACUGGACAGGCGAGUUCAGAGGGAUUUUAUAGAACUGCAAUGCAGAUGUUUGGAAGUAAGAAACUGCAUGAUGUAAUAAUGUGUGUAGCAUUGUGAGGAGGUUUGUGUAACAGGGUUGACAGGGCUCUGAUUGUGUGUAGUGUGUUGCGCUGAUAGGGCUCUUUGAUUGUGUAGAGCAGCAUUUCAUUCAUUGUUUUAUGAACUUCGUUUGUAAACUGGCUGAUUUGCUUUAGUGCUGUUCAGUUGCAUUUGUCCUUUUUUUCACUGUGAAGGACAGGGUGUGGGGGGGUGGGGGGUUCUGCUUUCUGUGCCUUAUGUAAACCAAAUAAGAGCUAUGCUAUUUUUCCUCUAAAGUGAAACAUCUAUAAUUUGAUGUAAUAAAAGAUCUUUGUGCUGAAUGGAAAGGUACAGCCUCUGAAUGCAGCUCAUGGUUGGUGAGAUCUUCUCUUCUUCCAGGCGCAUUAUUUAUGAUCUGUCACUGUUCAUCACUUGUACUGAUGAUGACUCUCUCUUAUUUAUUGUUUCUUUGAUUAGCACCUUUUUUUUUUCUUUAGGGAGGGGGUGGGGACUAGCUGGUGAUGAAUCCAGUAUGUUUAACAUGGUCUUCAGCACAAGAGACACACUGUAUUGGAUCACAGUACAACAUGAUGGGAUUUGCACAACCUGUUUAGUUGUGCUUUGCAUACUGAUCGUCAUGCUGCUUCCAUGUACAGUGUGCUUCAGUUCAAUAGCUAUAGAAGUGCAGAAAUCUCUGUUAUGUGGAUCAUGUAUUUGUCAGUGUGCAUCUCUGUCAUGUGGAUCAUGUAUUUGUCAGUGUGCAUCUCUGUCAUCUUGAAUCGGUUUAAUAAACAUGAAGGACACCUCGGAUCCUUCCAGGGGCGUCUCAUCCUAGUACAAAGCUUGCAGCACUUCUGUCAGGGUGGUUCAAUGAGAAUG